AUGCCCACUCGUUCGGAUCCCACACCGCGUCUUAUUCAAGGUGUUGACAAUCACGUGUUACUACUGGUUCUCCUCCCCUUCCUGUUCGUUGGAUUGCUGGUGGCGAAGUACUUAUGGUACCACAAACAACACCGUUCUACAUUCAAUCCGCACUAUUUUAGGGGCCUCGUAAAGCACUCCAGUGAUCACCAACUUUCACAACCGGAAAGCACAGUACAUUCUGACGGACCUGCACUUGAAAUCGAGGACUGUCCAAUAUGCUGGGAUCCGAUCGCAUUCGGCAUCGAAACGAAUUGUGGACAUAAAUUCUGUGCCCGAUGUUUUUGUUUGCACUGGCGGCGCACCUUGUACAGCGUUCACAUCUAUUGUCCCAUAUGUCGCGGUCAGGUACGGUCGUUAAGUCGACAUUUCACCCAAUCAGAAUGUGAACGCACAGACAGCGAGCGUUUAUCAAUUGACGCGGAUAUUGAUCUAUACAAUCGAUGGCAUUCUGAUGCACCCGUUCCUCUCUGGCAAAGACUGCGCGAUCUUCCAAUUUACGCCCGUGCAGCCGUACAAUUCCUGUUCAGCCACGAUGGUGCACCGUUUCUGCUCCAUUCUCGACUCAUCCUGUUCGGGUUCUGUGCUCUACUCUAUAUUCUCUCCCCUUGGGAUGUGAUUCCCGAAGUGGUGGCCGGAUUCUUUGGGCUAAUAGAUGACCUGCUCGUAUUCGUCAUCUUUAGUCUCCAUACUUAUGCUGUAUACCGCACUAUCACUGCCCGACCCACACCCAGAUAACCUUCGAUUACAGUGAUUUUAUCCCAUGCCUUUUACCCUACUAUUGUACAGUGUUCUGUUAUUUUAUCCAAGAGAACUCCCUAUUGACUUGAAACAUCUCAGUACCUGUUUGCAGAUUGCACCAAAUCAUUCCUCUGUUCAGAGUCGGUUGGCGCUCACUAGUCUAUCAACCUUGUUUUUCGGAGCGUCG